GAGACUCACUGUGAAGUCGUGGCCUCAGCUCUGAAGUCAGACCCCUCACAUCUGACAGAACUGGAUCUGAGUGACAACAAGCUGCAGGAUUCAGGAGUGAAGCUGCUGUGUUCUGGACUGGAGAGUCCAAACUGUCGACUGGAGACUCUGAGGUUGUGGAGCUGAAGACUGUCAGAGAUCAGCUGUUCUUCUCUGGCUUCAGCUCUGAGGUCAAACUCCUCUCAUCUGAGAAACCUGAGUCUAAGUGACAACAAUCUGCAGGACUCAGGAGUGAAGGAGCUGUGUGGUUUUCUACAGAGUCCAACCUGUCGACUGGAGACUCUGUGGUUGAGGAACGGCAGACUGUCAGAGAUCAGCUGUUCUUCUCUGGCUUCAGCUCUGAGGUCAAACCCCUCUCAUCUGAGAGAACUGAAUCUGAUUGACAACGACCUGCAGGACUCAGGAGUGAUGGAGCUGUGUGGUUUUCUACAGAGUCCAACCUGUCGACUGGAGACUCUGUGGUUGUGGAACUGCAGACUGUCAGAGAUCAGCUGUUCUUCUCUGGCUUCAGCUCUGAGGUCAAACCCCUCUCAUCUGAGAGAACUGAAUCUGAGUGACAACAACCUGCAGGACUCAGCAGUGAAGGAGCUGCUUGAUCUACAGCAGAGUCCAACCUGUCGACUGGAGACU